AUGGGGAACCAGCUGGCACCCUUGCCCCCCUUCCUUCCCCCUCUGCAGGCCCUGCAUGUGGUGGUGGUGGGGCUGGAUUCGGCUGGGAAGACCUCCCUGCUCUACCGCCUGAAGCUCCAAGAGUUCAUCCAGAGCAUGCCCACCAAAGGCUUCAACAUGGAGAAGAUCCAGGUGCCUCUGGGAGGCUCUCGGGCCAUCACCUUCCAAGUGAGGGUCAUGGGCGGCCAGGAGAAGCUGCGCCCGCUGUGGAAGUCCUACACACGCUGCACGGACGGGAUGGUUUUUGUGGUCGACUUCGCAGAGGCAGAGCGCCUGGAAGAGGCUCGGGUGGAGCUGCACCACAUCGCCCGCGCCUCAGACAACCCAGGGGUCCCCGUGCUGGUGCUGGCCAACAAGCAGGAUGCGGCUCAGGCGCUCUCGGCCUCUGAGGUGGAGAAGGUCCUCGGCCUGCACAAACUGGGCGCCUCCGCUCUGAGCCAUGUCCAGGGCUGCAGCGCCAUCAGUGGCCUCGGACUCCAGUCGGGUCUGGAGAAGCUCUACGAGAUGAUCCUCUGA